UUCUCCAUUCUAAGUACGAACUCUGGACCCACGCGUUUUCUAAUGGGCCAUCAAAACAACCUUCCUCCGCCUUAUUCCUCCAUAGCCGGUGGCCAAUUGUUUUAUCCAAUUGGUUCCGUUUUACAGUCUUCUAUUCUCUCUGUAUAGUCUUUUUCACCUCAAUCCCAGUAACAAACACUAGCAGAAUCGUUGUUUAUCCACACAAUCUGUCACUCCCUGCCAAAAUUGUGGCAUAACUCAUAGGAUCACCAAAAAAAAAUCUGACUCUACUUAUUCAUUUCUCUUUAUUAUACUAUAUAAUCAUACUUAUCAAUUACCCCUUUUCUCUUUCUUUAUAUGUGUGUGUAUAUAUAUAUAUAGAGAGAGAGAGAGAGAGGUAUCCUGAACUUAGGUCUUAGGUCUUAGGGGUUGAAGAAUAGUAUUCAUUUCUUCAUCGAUCGGAUAAUGCAUGUUGUUUUUUUUUGUCUUUCAACCACCGAUAUACCAAUCCCAGUAUUUCAUGGUUAUCAUCUCAUUUUUUGAUUUCGCCGCUAUCAUACAUCACCUUUUUGGAUUUUUUCUUUAAUCUAAAAUGUCGAUGAAGCGGCAAUCACAAGACGAUCCUAAGUCUCGACUCGAUCCUGGUUCUUCUGAGGAUAAACGUCGCCGGAGAUUGCCUUCUCUUCAAAGUGUGAUUAUGGAAGUAAUGAAUAUGCGUAAAGUGCAACAUUUUAUGGAGCCAGUUUUGGAGCCACUUAUUCGUCGAGUGGUAAAAGAGGAAGUUGAAUUGGCUCUCAGGAAGUACAUGACCACCAUUAAACGGAAUUGUGGGAAAGAUGUAUAUGCUUGUGAACUUAGAAGCCUGAAACUGAAGUUUUUAGAUCUCAUCUCUCCCCCAGUAUUUACUGGAACUCGCAUAGAAGGAGAGGAAUCUAGUUUGAAAGUAUCUCUGGUUGAUGAUCUUACUGGGCAAGUUAUCUGUAGUGGUCCUGAAUCCUGUGCAAAAGUUGAAAUAGUAGUACUCGAGGGAGAUUUUGAUGGUGAUGAUGGGGACAAUUGGACUGCAGAUGAAUUUAAGAACAACAUUGUGAGAGAAAGGGAAGGAAAGAAACCUCUCCUUACUGGGGAUGCAUUUUUGUAUCUUAAGGAGGGCAUUGGCUGGGUGAGUGAUAUUUCAUUUACUGAUAACUCAAGCUGGACAAGAAGUCGUAAAUUCAGGCUGGGUGCUAGGCUUGUUGAUAGCUUUGAAGGGAUCAGUGUACGAGAGGCGAAGACAGAAUCCUUCAUUGUCAGGGAUCACCGCGGAGAGUUGUACAAGAAGCACCAUCCCCCUUCUCUUUCAGAUGAGGUAUGGAGACUGGAAAAGAUUGGCAAAGAUGGAGCUUUCCACCGACGUUUGAGCAAGGAAAGAGUCAAUACUGUGAAAGAUUUUCUGACUCUACUCUACCUAGAUCCUACAAGGCUCCGAAAUGUUCUUGGGACAGGUAUGUCCACCAAAAUGUGGGAAGUCACAGUAGAACAUGCUCGAACUUGCUUACUUGACAAGAAAGUGUACUUAUACUACCCAUCUGUAUCUGUUCCAAAAACUGGUGUUGUUUUUAACAUUGUUGGACAAGUGAUGGGGCUUUUUCCAGACUGCCAGUUUGUUUCUGCUGAUAAAUUGUCCGAAACUCAAAAGGAUGAUGCUCGUAAUUUGGUGAUUUGUGCAUUUAGACACUGGGAAGAAGUAGUCUCUUUUGAGGAUGAAUCCUCUCUUCUGGAUUGGGUUAUGCAAAUUUCCACUGUUCAGUUCCCCUCAAACUCACCCAUGGUGGGUAACCCUGAAGCCAGUGACAAUGUUUUAGCUUCCCAGAAGGUUAGCAGAAGUGAAUAUCAGCAACUAAGUGCGUCAACGCCUGAUAUCAUGCCAUCUUUCUGUUCAAUUGCUGGUUUCAGCAGCUUAGAUGAUUAUGUCUUGCAUGGUAUAGACAACAUGGAUGUUAGGUUUGACCAACCGUUAAAUUUCCCCGGGCAAGACACCAACUCCUUGAUGGCUGAUACUGAUUCUAUUACUCCCCCAUCAUUUUGUGAUGAUGAUCAUCUGCCUUUCUUUGACACCGACUAUUCCCUUCCCAGUCCAAGCUUUGCUCCAUCACCUGAUCUACAAUGUGCUGUCAACAGUUUUCUUGCUCAUAGUAGUACAAUUGUUCCUCUGGAUAAAGCUCAAAGGAGAUGGAAGAUGCUAUUUAGUGUUCUCAGAUGGUUCUCUGUAAGGAGGAUCGUGAACAAAAGAACCAUCACAUCUUGAAGAGAGAUGUUCUGCUUAUGCUGAGGUAAAAGAAUCUAUAGGAAAUUGCUGCCCGAUGCAAAAUUGUGUGCAGUAGUAGAGUCAGUAGAAUUUCUGUGGAUAUGUAAAAUUGUUCAGUUAGCGCCAAUCAUGCUUUACAGUUUUCAUUUUUAAAAUUUUUGGAUCAGAAUUUGAGUCUUGUGAGUGGUAUAAAGUCCUUGGUACCAAUCUGAUGAAAAGUUUGUACAUAUUAGGUCGAUGUGUGUAGGUACAGCAGCAACCUUUGCUGCAUUAUUUAUUUUGUGCAUGUGUAUAUUUCCAAUUAUAUCUUGUGUUAAAUUUUGAAUGGUUACCAUUAUAA